AUGGGUCCUGCCGGCUUCGACCCCACGUAUUACCCGGAAUCCGAGCGAUUUCGCGCUCGCGAGACCUACUCAAAUGCGAAUCCCGCCCCCGUUGCGCCGAAAAGAUUUUAUAUUCCCAAUACCCGAUGGACCUGGGUCUUUGCGAUCGUGACGCUCGUUCAAACGGUCGUGACACUCGCUCUCGAAUGUUAUGUAUUUGCCAACUUUCAAAUCCAAGAAAAGCCCAACGACAUUCCUGCCUCCAAAACAAUCCCCACCUUCCUCGCCCUUUACAGUUUCGGUUUUAUCUACGAGCUCGUGCUGGUCUAUGAUGCAUUGCGCAUGAAGAACACCAUUCAGAUCAUCGGCCUUUGCAUGUGUAACGUGGGACUGCUGAUCUAUGGAGCGGUCCAGGUCAAACAGAUCAACACCGCAGUCAAUGAGCUCACCUAUCAAGAUUAUAUCAAGCCCGAGGUUUGGGGGCAAUCGAAGCCAUUCUUGAUCGUCAUCCCCUGCAUCGUGGGAGUCGGGAGCGUUCUGAUGACCUUCGUCGCUUGGAAACUCUAUGAUGAGUUCGCUUGGACAAUCUACAAACAUAUCAGUGCCGAUCUUCGCAUGAAGCGUCGGUACCUGACAUACCAGAUCUAUAUUGCGCUGCUGAAGUUCGAUUUCUUCUUCUUCCUCGGUUUUACUAUUCAGUUUCUGGUCAUUGUCUCGUCCAAUAAGCAUGAUGCGGAGUUUUAUCUUACCAUCAUUGCCGUUCCGGUGACAAUUAUUAUCCUGGCCUUUGGCGCCUUCUUUGUCCGCCGGGAAUCCACUGCAGGAAUGAUCGCUAUCAUCCUCCUCUUCUUUGCUGCUAUGGCAUACUUCAUCUUCAAGCUGUUCCGUAUGUACGCGCAAGCAACUGCCCAGAUGUACAUCGCCGCACGGCCGUCGAUGACCUUCUUCGCCAUCAUCACCCUGAUCCUCAUCGUGAUUACCAUUAUCAACGCGUGCAUGUGCGUCAACAACUUCCACCACGGCCUCAAGCCCCAUAUCCAAAACAAGAAGGUACGGGCUGAGGAGAAGUCGACCGAGCUCUCCAAUGUUGAGGGCCAGGUCCCCUCCCGAAUGAUGAUCGAUUGA